AUGGACUUCUUUUCACCUCCCAAGGCCCUCCCCCCCUAACUCUUCUUUUCACGGGGUACUGUUUCGUCUCCUAGCUCCAUCUAACUAUAGGGGAGAGAGCAGAGCUUCUUGAUUGCUUUCUGGGAUACCCAUGUGGCUCAUUGUUCAUCAGUGUUUUCAAUCAUGUUCUUUAUAGUCAAAGUCUUUUUCCUUGUUUACAUACAUUGUUCAAUAUGAUGGUGCUGAUGGGUAGAAGGACAGUAAUUAAUUUCUAGGGAGAUUCCUGUGCAUUGUCUCGGAAAAAAUGGAUCUUGCAAGCUCUAAAUACAUUCAAGCUUCGUCUUUGUUUCCAUAUAAUGGGGUAAUGAAGGAACCGGCAUUGCAGACGAGCACCAGCAUUUAUGGGAAUAGCAAAGGGAACCCUUUUGAGGAAGCUUUUCCAGACCCACUGUGCAAGCUCAAUCUCAAAGAAACGUCUGAAUUUGUAAAGUCGUUUCCAAUGGCAGCCACGGAAAGCAGAGGAGGGUUUCUUUCAGCGCAGAGAAGGAGAGAGGGAGCGAACUCAGUCACCAUAACACAACGGAGGGUAGCUGAAGCGCCUUCCACACCUGGGCGACCGGUUUUCAGCUUCAGUGGUGGCAGCCUCGCCAGAAAGAGUAUUCCGUCCAAAUGGGACAAUGCUGAGAAGUGGUUAAUGAACAGUUCCGGCCAUGACUCUCCGGCACACACCAUAAAACCUCCGGAGUCUUCAAAGAUGACUAAACAGAUGACGUUUUUUGCGGAGAAAUCAAGGGUCGUAGAGCAAGAAGUCCCAAAGCUCGUUUCAAGCAUUCAAGGGUGUGUGUCUUUAAACCACCAUAAUUCAGCAAGAGGACAUUUUGAUGCAGUUUCUGCUUCCAGUGAUGUCCUUCUAAAAGAUAAGUUCACGGAUGAGGUAGGACCGGUUUUCCCAAAUUUGAGAUACUUGGAGCCCUCAAAAGAAGGGUUUCUUUUCCGAAACUCAGCCUGUGAAACCAUGAAGGAUGCAGGCACUGACGUAUUCCAUGAGGUUAAACAUAGAGAUUUUGGGACAGAGAUGACUCCUCUUGGGAGUUCCACAACUUCCAGAUGCCACACACCAUUCAAGAGCCCAUCACCUGCACGACAUAAUACACCAGACAAUAGGUCUGGUCCAUUGGUCUCAGAGAAUUCCAACAUCUCCAACACCACAAUUGACAUUGCUCAGCUGCAAGAGUUUCAUUUAGCUAAGCUGCAACUGAGGACCCAAUACGACUCUGUCGCAUCAAAUUGGAGCUCAAGGGAAGAGGAAGAAGAGGAAAUAUCAAAAAGCCUUAGGCAUUUUGAAAUAGGCACUGCCAUCCGGAAAAGUAUAUCUGAUUCUAGAGCUGCAGCUUGGGAGGAAGAGGAAAAAACUAAGUGCUGCCUAAGGUACCAGAGAGAAGAGGCAAAAAUUCAAGCUUGGGUAAACCUCCAAAGUGCAAAAGCAGAAGCUCAAUCAAGAAAGCUUGAGAUGAAAGUACAGAAAAUGAGAUCUAACUUUGAAGAGAAGUUAAUGAAGAGGAUGGCAAUUGUUCAUAGAAAAGCCGAGGAGUGGAGGGCUACGGCGUUGCAACAACACGCGGAGCAAAUUCAGAGGGCAGCAGACCAAGCACAGAGGAUGAACCGACCCAGCUCGCAGAUUUCCGGUCAUGGCUUAUGUGGUUGUUUCCCUUGCAAUAACAGUUGCUAAUGUACAAACAGAAUGAUGUGUUUUCUCCAUCCAUUGUCCAUGUUUCGUGGUUAUAAGAGAACUCAAUAUUACAUGUGUUUUUUUUCGUAAAUAAAGAAGUUCACUCCAA